AUGUCUGGUGCACAAGCCACGCUCCUCCAGUACGAUGCACCAUACCCAGUGUAUGCGCUCGACUGGGCAGAGCCACAACAACAUCGAGUCGGGACGUCGUUUCGACUCGCACUUGGAUCAUUUACAGAGGACAUGAAGAACAGGAUAUCGAUAAUUGGUCUCAUGGACGAGCGAUCAUUGUGGGAGGAAGAACUCGACGGCGUCGUUCCCUCUGCGAAUGGCGCUAGCGCUGGUGGACGCACGCCGAGCAUGCCUCCACAGGAUUUCGUUUGCUUAGCAGAGGCGCAUCAUGGUUAUCCGCCGACCAAGAUCGCAUGGCAGCCCGCUUCGGCGCACAAGCUCAACGGCGCGGGUGCUGGAGGGUAUGGCCCCGAUGCCCCAAGAGAAUUGUUGGCGUCGACCGCGGAUGGAUUGAGAAUCUGGGAAUAUACCCAGAAUGCAGAGAGUGGUAGUAAUCAAUUUGGAAAGACGACGCCUGCGCCGCUUUCUGGACGGUUGCAGCAGCGUGUGAUUCUGACUGGAAGCAAAGGCCAGAACAACGCUCAAAUGGCCCCACUCACGUCGUUUGCAUGGAAUACGAUUGAUCCACAGCGAAUAGUGACCGCCUCCAUCGACACGACAUGUACCGUCUGGAACAUCAACACCCAAACCGCCGUUACGCAGCUCAUUGCACACGACCGCGAAGUCUACGACGUCGCGUGGCUACCUGGCUCAACAGACAUUUUCACUUCUGUUGGGGCGGAUGGAUCGUUGCGCGCUUUCGACUUGCGUUCACUAGAACACUCGACGAUCCUGUACGAGACACCCGUCGCGAAACCAACGAGUUCCAGUCGGCCUGCAAACUCUGGUCCAGGAAGUGCAGCCGCAUCCCCUGUCCCACCUCCACGCACGACGAGUUCUUCGCUACUCAGGAUUGCAUUCAAUCCAAACGACGCAAAUUAUAUGGCCACAUUCCAUCUGGAUUCGCACGAUGUACAGGUCCUGGAUAUGAGAAGUCCUGGGCAACCCGUUGCAGAUUUGCGUGCACAUCGUGGACAGGUAAAUGCCGUCUCGUGGGGAAAAGUAGAUGCGAUGCUCGCUACUGGAGGCGACGAUGGACAAUUGCUCAUAUGGGACAUGGCUUCGAAAAACUUUUCGCCACGUGGUGCAUCCAAGACCUCUAGCAGGUCCACGGACCCGAAACGGAAGAAUAUUAUCAGCGAGCCUAUCCUCGCCUACAGUGGUCCGUCUGAAAUCAGCAACAUCGCCUGGUCACCCGUUCUUCCACCCUUCCAGCUCUCGUCUGGUUACUUGAGUGGUGGCGAAUGGGUUGCGGCUGCAAUGGGCAAGUCGGUACGCUGUCUCAAGGCGUAG